AUGAAUGUACCAAAACUACCCCAGUCAGAGUCAGAUGAGAUAUCCCUUGACCAGGCACAAGCGAAGUCACUUCGUCAGCAUGGUGGUGCGGGUGUGCAUGCACACCAAGGUUUUAUUUGGGCUCUUGUGCAAGAGCUUGAGUUGCGUACCACGAACCGGCAACUCCAUGCCCAACUUGAGCUGUUCUAA